AUGCAGCAUCGCCCAUCGGCGCCAUCGCCAUCUGCCAUCUGGUUGUGGCCACUUCUCGCCUCACCAAGGCCACGCGCGAGGCCAAGAGCAGCCAGCAGGAAAUAUGAUUCCGGCUAUCAAAAGCGUAGAAAGAAACAAAGAGUCGAUGAACUAAUUGAAUCUCAGAGAGGGGCCAUGGAAAGAUUUAUUAGGAAAGAACCACCAGUUAAUCAGACACUUGAUCAGGGUACUAUACAAAAUACUAAUGUUCCUAAUGAUGGUGAGACUGAGACACGGGUAGAGAACAUUCCUCCUACACUUGAGGAAAACAUUAAGGAAGUUCCUAAUAAUGGUGAUAACAUGGAUGGCACUAGCAUUGAUUGGUUUUUUGGUUCAAUCGAUCUUGGCGGUUCGGUUUUCUUUACUUUUUGCGGCGGACACAUGUUUCUUGGGGAAUGUCUUAGCUAG